AUGGAGUGGAGACAAACUGGGUUCACAUUCAAAGUUAAAUUACUAACUGCACAGAAAAAUCUGGGAAAAUCUGGGAAGACAAAUUGGGUCUCUUCCUACCUUGACCCCUGGUUGCCACCAUUGCGGAUGUAUACCAGUGCUUUCGUCGGCGGUGGUCGCUCAGCGGGAAGCGGACUCAGUGCUGGCGGACUGGUGCUCGUCGGCGGUGGUCGUCAGCGGGGAAGCGGACUGCGGCGCCGCCGUCGCUCCUCCAUAGCGGUUGAGCUUGCCGGUCCUUGCCGGUCCAUAGCGGUUGAGCUCCCGAGCCUCGUCCGCGCCGCCCUCACCUGCCGCGGCUUUCUCGCCGCAGUCCGCUCCUCCCCCGCCUUCCGCCGCCGCUUCCACGCCCUACACCAGCCCCCUCUCCUCGGCUUCUUCUUCUACUACCUGGGUUUCUUCCUGCUCUACUCCGACCAGAGCCCGGACUCGUUCCGCGUGGUCGCCUCCUGCCACGACAAGUCGAGGGUGCGCGCUUCUGUCUUCUCAUCAGACACUAGGGAGUGGCAAAUUCUCCCCUGGUCGGAGACUGCCCCAGCACAGCCGUCAGGCAAGAAGCACUGGCUUCUCAGUGGCACGCAGCUCUGCAUCGUGUCCGUAGCUGGAUUUACACUAUACACUUGGUUCCGGAGAGUAGAUGCUAGCGGUGCUGAGGAGUGGAUGCUCCACAAUGUGAUACCGUUGGAAGCAGAGAUUCUUCAGGCUACCGAGAUCCCAGAAGAUGAACUUUGUGAGCACGGGCUCCAAGUGUUCGCAUUUCUUGAUGGCAUUGUGUUUAUGUCGAUAUAUGGAGAAGAUAUUUUGCCUUCUUGGUUCCUUUCCUUCUGCCUGGAAACAAGGAAACUGGAGAAGCUGUUUAAAAGGACAUUUGACCACAUUGUGUAUCCGUACAUCAUGGGGUGGCCUACCUUUUUGAUUGGCAAUGAUAAUGAUAUGGCACUUGGCUCAGGUGUUUAG